GAUGGGGAGGCAGUCUACCUUCCAUUCUCCUCAAACCAAUCACUGGUCACGGUUCAUAGAAGAAACAGGCGGGCCGUCCUGGAAACCAGUUUCCUGAAGGUCUCUUAUGAUUGGCGUAGUGCCGUGAAGGUGAUGGUAGCGACCACUUAUCAUAACGCGUUAUGUGGUCUCUGUGGAAACUUCAACAAUGAUCCAAAAGAUGACCUCAUGCUGGCCAGUGGGAAAGCUGCUUCCAAUGCAAAGGAGUUUGGAAUCAGCCAAUGGCUUGCAAACGUGCCAGGCUGUUCUCAUGAGUGUAAGGACUGUGCACCAGAGCUUGGCCCUGGCAGUGUGCCCCCUGCCUACAAGGCGACCUGUGAGGUGAUCAGGAAGCGGGACGGGCCCCUGAGGGACUGUGCGCGGCUCCUGGACGCGGAGCAGUACUACGGGGACUGUGUGUUCGACAUGACGCUGACCAACGGGAAGGCCGACGCCGCCUGCGACAUCAUCAGCGACUACGUGGACGACUGCCAGCAGCAGGGGGGCACCGUGGAGGACUGGAGGAGCAAGAACUUCUGCUGGAUGCAGUGUCCAGCCAACAGUGUGUACAGCCUGGCAGCCCCAGGAUGUCCGGCCACCUGUGGGUCUUUGUCCCCCUCCUCUAAAUGUCGAGACCCCUCCGCCGAGGGCUGCGUCUGCCAACAAGGCUUCGUGCUCAGUCAGGAUCGCUGCGUACGACCGGACCAGUGUGGCUGCCAGUUUGAAGGCCGCUACCUCCCGGCCGGGUCACAGGUGAUCACAGACGGCUGCAAGCGCGUCUGUAAGUGCGAGCGUGGGGUGGUCAAGUGCGUGAACGCCAAGUGUCAGAAGGGAGCCAGUUGUCAGCUGAGGCAAGCGGCGUGGGGAUGUUACAAAUUCCAGAAACCAGGCGGACUGUUUGGGUUCAUUCACAACGUAUUCCACGGCUAGUCGAUGUUUGGUUACUAUGACAGAAAAGUGAGAUUGUUGACUGAUAUUUUCCAUCUGGUUCAUAUUAUAUUACAUUUCAUUCCUUCCUGAUAUACAUAUGGAAUUUACUUGCAUGAAUAAUAAAACACUGCUGCACUA